GAAAAAGAAAAAUCACAACAUACUCCAUCUAAGUUUCGAUAUACUUCUGUGUAUGCUCAGAAAAUUUCAUCCACAUGCGUCCCUCUUCAUCAACUUCCCCGAGGAACUGUCGAUUGUUUGGCGCCUUCCGUAAACCCCACCGCUCCUACUAUUGUUUGCUCUGGCGAAGGUCCAUCUCGUCCCGCAGCCUUUCCGCAACCGCUUCUCAAAAGAUAGCUACAAUGUACAACACAGCGAGAGUCGGGCUUGGAGCACUGGUCACAACAGGAGCCGUUGUUAUGUUUUACCGGACUCAGAUUCACCGGAGGAUACUACCGGUGAACGAGCGGGUUACUCCAGGGAAUGCCGCCGUUGGAAGCAACGGAAAACAGAAGGGUGAUAAUGAUGAGACGGAGAACGAGAAGGCCGAACCAGAUGAGAGUGAUGGCAAAGCUAAGAAGGGAAUCCUCUCCGCGAUAAAAGGAACUUUUGGGCAGCUCGUCGUGCAACAGACACCGAAGAAAAACCCGGAACCCACACCGGAUGACGAUCUGCAAAAAAAGAGUAUUGGCGUCGUGCAGGCCCGCGAGGAAGGGCAACUUAAUCAGAGAGAUGCAUUAACAGAUACUCAGUGGCUCACAUUCUCCAACAAACUUCUCGUGGCGAAGGAAUCCAUACUCUCCAUCGACUGGCCAAAGCUCAACAACCUUACAAAUGUUUUCCCCGAUUGGGCUACCGGACUGCCAGAGUGGGUCACAAAGCUUCAGCGAGAGCUAAACAUGGAACCCGGAUCACUAGCGGAUGAGAUUUGGAGCGAAGCGCAGGACCCCAAAGUCAAUCCAGAGGUGGAAAAGGAUGCACACGUGAGGUUAGGGAAGGAUCUCUGUGAGGAAGAACAACGCUACUUGGCCAGUCGGAAGGGCUUCACAAAACAGGGGUUGGCCCAAUAUCUCAACAUUCCGGAGUCGGAUAUUCACGAUGACGAUGUGCCAAUUAUCGCCACUACAGGGUCCGGCGGUGGCUUACGAGCCAUGGUUGCAGGAGCAGGCUAUUACCAGGCCCUGACGGAGGCCGGCUUGUAUGAUUGUACGACAUAUACCGCGGGAGUUUCUGGUAGUUGCUGGUUACAGGCUCUUUACCUUACUUCUUUGGGGAAAUGCUCAUUCGAUCGAGUGAUGGAGCAUCUGAAGGCACGCAUUAAUGUACAUAUCGCCUAUCCGCCUAAAGCACUCGAGCUGGUUACCUCGGCACCUACGAACAAGUACCUCCUACGCGGAGUGGUGGAGCGACUAAAGACAGGUUACUCUCCAUUCACCCUUGUGGAUUUGUAUGGACUGUUGCUGGGCGCUAGGCUCCUGGUUCCGUCAAAUGAACUGACGCUUGAUGAUACUGAUCUGAAAUUGAGUGCCCAAAGGAGGUUCUUGGAAAAUGGAGAGCAGCCUUUACCUCUUUAUACAGCCGUCAGGCACGAGAUUCCGUUCAUCGGCGGUGAGAACGAGAAGGGGAAACCAAUUCCUGAAGAGCUUAAGGAGAAGGCAAGUAAACACGAGAGUUGGUUCCAAUGGUUCGAGGCCACUCCUUACGAAAUAUAUUGCGAGGAACUUGAAGCUGGCAUCCCAACUUGGGCAAUGGGAAGGCGAUUCGAGAAUGGCGUCAAUGUCAGCCGGAAGGUGCCAGAAAUGAAACUCCCGCUACUGUUUGGGAUCUUUGGAUCGGCCUUCUGCGCUACUUUGAGCCAUUACUACCACGAAAUUCGUCCAUUUGUAACAUCUGUCAGUCUUUUCUUAUCAUUGGAUAAGAUGGUAUUGGACCGAAACAAUGAUCUCUCGAAGGUUCACCCAAUUGAUCCUUGCAGCGUUCCCAACUUUGUAAAAGGCUUGAAGGAAUCAUUGCCCUCUACCUGUCCGGUACUUGUUUCCACCCAAUUGCUAACUCCACUCAAGGAUGCGGGAAUGAGCAACAACCUUGCAUGCUACCCGCUCCUCCGUCCGGGCCGGAACAUCGACAUCCUUAUUGCCUUCGAUUCCUCAGCAGAAAUCCAAACAGCAAAUUGGAUAGGCUACGCCGAGGGUUACGCCAAGCAGCGGAAGGUCCAGGGAUGGCCUGUCGCGAUCGGAUGGCCCAAAGGCGACAACAAACAAAGACAACAGGAGCUUGAGGAUGCCCAAGCACACUCGGCAAAAGAAGCGCAACAGAAACUGGAAGAAGCUCAGAGAGAAGCUUCCGAAGCGGAGAACGACAAACCUCUUAGUCAGAGAAAGGAGGAGCAGAAGAAGAAAAAUGCCCUUGGAUACUGCACCGUCUGGGUUGGCAGCAAAGAGGAAAGGGACUCCGGUGACGAACCGCCUCCAAGCAAAGCUGUGGAGGACGACUGGGAGUUGAUGAAGCCAAAUGCAGGGAUAACGGUUGUCUAUUUUCCAUUAAUUCCAAACGAGAAGGUACCAGGUGUUGACCCUGAGAUAAGCCCUUACCUAUCCACCUGGAAUUUUGAGUGGACACCAGAACAAAUCGACCAAACAGUGGCGCUGGCCAAAGCUAAUUUUCGGGAAGGGGCUGAGAAGCUGAAGGGGACCGUCAGGGCCGUUUAUGAACGGAAGAAGAAGUUGCGGUUGGGGAUGGAGGAGAAAAUGAUCGAGAAGCGUGAGAAAAAGGAGGAAGAGAGGCAUGAAGAGAAUAGAAGGACAUACGGGAUACAUGAUCAUUUCUCAUGAUUUACUCCUUGCUGUUCUUCUCUGCUUUGCCUUGUCCUCCUUUUUUUCGACUUUUGAUGGAGGGGUCUCCUCUCCCCCUUGCCGUGUAUACUGUACACAUCACAUCAUGGCACCAUAGAUAGAUAGAGCCCCUCUUUAUAGCAGUCCACGGAAACUACGGCGGUUUGUUUUUGCCGUCAUCGUAGGUACUUGUACCAUUAUCUCUCUACAGAGAGUUUGGUCAGUUUGAUACGAGAACCAAUGCCGAUAAAUAAAGCUUGGUUUUU